CCCACCCCCCCCCCCCUCUCUCUCUCUCUCUCUCUCUCUCUCUCUCUCUCUCUCUCUCUCUCUCUCUCUCUCUCUCUCUCUCUCUCUCUCUCUCUCUCUCUCUCUCUCUCUCUCUCUCUCUCUUGCUCUCUCGCUCUCUCUCUCUUCACAACUUGUACUCUCUCUCUUUCCCUCUCUUUCUCUUACCCACACACAUACCUCACACAGACAACACACUCUCUCCAUCUCUGUUCCUGGGUCUGUUGCUUUCCCAACUAAAUUUAUUUCAGCGGACAUUUAUUGGAAAGCAUCUUAAAGUUUAUCAAUGGUUGUUUUGAGAAUAAGAAAUUCCCACAAAAGGAAAUAUGCUUUUAUCUGUUUGAGCAUCUUUGGAUUCAUCAUGUACCGAUAUUUAGGGACACCAGUGGGGGGGAGGAGGUUGAGCAGGAAACUGGGCCUGCACGCCAACAACUCUCAGUUCACCCUAGCCGGGGAGCCCUUCCGCAUCCUAGGGGGGUCCGUGCACUACUUCCGGGUCCCCAGCGCGUACUGGAGGGACCGUCUGAUGAAGGCCAAGGCCUGUGGCAUCAACACCAUCACCACAUAUGUGCCGUGGAGUCUGCAUCAGCCGGAGAGAGACGUCUUCAACUUUCAGACACAGCUGGACUUAGAGUCUUACAUCAGUCUAGUGGCUGAGCUGGGACUCUGGGUAAUCCUGCGACCAGGGCCUUAUAUCUCUGCUGAGCUGGACCUGGGCGGACUUCCAAGCUGGCUUCUUCAAGAUGAGAACAUGCGGCUGAGGACAACAUACCCGGGCUUCACGGACGCCGUCAACGUCUUCUUUGAUAAGCUCAUCCCAAAAAUAGUUCCACUUCAGUUCAAGAAGGGAGGCCCAAUUAUUGCAGUACAGUUGGACGAUAGCUAUGGGUCCUAUGCCAAGGACAACCGCUAUAUGGCUUUCAUCAAGGAGGUAGCGAGCCAUGUGACCUCACACAUAGGUACAGGCAAUGCGGGUGUGUUGUGUGACUGUAUUGUUUUCUCAAAGGCCUUGACGUCCAGGGGUGUCAGUGAAAUGCUGCUCACAUCAGACCUUUCCAAUGGACUGAAGGCAGGCGGUGUUAAUGGAGCCAUCAGAACGAUGAAGCUUUGGAAGCUCCGUACGAAGGACAUGCAGGAGCUGAACUCUGUCCAGCCCAACAGCCCCGCCAUGGUAACGGACAUCUGGAGCGGCAUGGCCGACGCCUGGGGUGAUCUUCACCAUGUGCUUGCUCCCGAAGACAUGGUGUCCGCUGUGAGGGAGAUUCUGAGAAGAGGAAUGUCCAUCAAUCUCUACAUGUUCCACGGAGGCACCAGUUUUGGCUUUAUGAGUGGUGCACUUGGAAUCCCUUCAUACAAAGCAAUAGUUCCAAGCUAUGAUUAUGACGCUCCCUUGUCUGAGGCAGGAGAGUACACACCGAAGUACCAUCUUCUUAGAGAUCUUUUCAGUCGAUACAACAGUGAUGAGUCUGUGCCUGAUAUGCCUGCACUGCGUUAUAGAGAGCCCUAUGAGCCAGCUAUCAUGUAUAACCACCUGUCCCUGUGGGAUGCUCUGAGCUUCACUGAAGAACCGUUUAAAUCCGCCACACCGGUCAAUAUGGAGAACCUACCAGUGAAUAAUAAAAACGGCCAGUCGCAAGGAUACACACUGUAUGAGACAACCAUCACUAGCGGGGGCUUACUGAAGUCUGGGGACAAUGUUCGCGACCGUGCCCUGGUCUUUGUGGACAGAAGGUAUAUUGGUUUUUUUAAGCGCAACACUCUAGAGAUGGCAGUCCCUGAUGGCGAGGGAAAGCGGACUUUGAGCCUUUUGGUGGAGAACUGUGGCCGGGUACACCGUGGCAAAGACCUUGACAAGCAACGCAAAGGCUUGGUGGGAGAUGUUUUAUUAAACGGAACCCCUCUGCGAGAUUUCACGAUCUACAGCCUUGAUAUGAAACCCAGCUUCAUCGAUAGUCUUUACCGGGCGCCGUGGAAAGCUCGGCCCGAGGUCCCCCUCUACCCUGCCUUUCUCAUGGGAGCGCUGUUUGCCUACGGCUACCCCAGCGACACAUUUGUGAAGCUUCCUGGAUGGGGCAGAGGAGUUGUGUUUAUUAACGGGCUGAACCUUGGCCGCUACUGGUCCAGUGGGCCCCAGCAGGCCCUCUAUCUGCCGGGGCCCUUUCUCAACAGUGGAAUGAAUCAGAUCAUCGCAUUCGAGGAGCAAGAAGCAGACUACAAGAUCCAGCUGGAAGAUACGCACGACCUGGGCAUGACCGCCGACAUCAAGUGAAUGUGUUGCCACAUUAUUUAUUUGUAUGUUUGAACGUUUUUGGUUUUGUCCCUGCCUACCAUUACUGGACGAUGAAAUGACCAUACAGACUAGGGUAUUUGCUUAGACAUUCGCAUAUAUGGGUAAUCAAAUGCCCAUUUAAUAUAAAAUAAAAAACCCAGACACAGGUU